UGACUGGCAUCAAGUUAGUAUGAGGCAGCUGGACGUGAAGGCCACCAUGGUGCUGAACCCAGUCAUUUCCAAGCUCGCCGGUAAAUUGGUUGUGCUGGCCAGUGGUUCCCCGAGAAGACUGGAGAUACUCCGCAAUGUAGGUUUGCGUUUUGAGGUUGUACCGUCCUGGUUUAAAGAAACCCUGGAUAAGGGACUGUUCAAAGCACCCCAUGAGUAUGCUGUCGAGACGGCCAAACAGAAAGCCCUGGAGGUGGCCAGGAGGAUGACAUUUAACCACCUGAAGACUCCGGACAUUGUAAUCGGAGCAGACACAAUUGUGACUGUAGAUGGCAUGAUCCUGGAGAAGCCAGUGGAUAAACACGAUGCUUACCGGAUGCUCUCAAGCCUGAGUGGAAAAGAGCACAGUGUGUUCACUGGUGUAGCCAUUGUCCUCUGCCACGAGAAGGAAAAUGAAGAAGUAGCUUACCAGCUGAUAGACUUCUACGAAGAAACAAAGGUGAAGUUUGCUGAUCUCUCAGAAGAUAUGCUAUGGGAGUACAUCAAUAGUGGUGAACCAAUGGACAAGGCGGGCGGCUACGGUAUUCAGGCUCUGGGCGGCAUGCUGGUGGAGUCCGUCCAUGGAGACUUUCUAAACGUCGUCGGUUUCCCCCUCAACCACUUCUGCAAGCAGCUGGACCUCAUUUACAGCAACUGUGCCCCUACUCCCAACCAGGAAGAUGACUCCGUCCACCUGAACCACAACGAGAAAAGUGUCACCUCUAAACCCACUCAGCCUCAUUCCAGCCGCACCUCCUCCUCAGCCAAACAGAACUCCUCAACCAUUCCCGGUCGGACGGACCACACAAAGAACAGCCCUUCAGCCAGUCCCACCCAUAAGGUGAAAAAGAAUCUCCAUGACACUGACAACAGAACGUCAACAUCAGUGGCAACUGAGCUCAAUGUGACGGAGCAUGAGGCCGGCCGACCGAAAAACGAAGACUUGAAGCGAAUCGGCGAACUCAUCGAUGGAUUCAAAGCCUCGAAGGCUCUUUUUACGGCAACCAAGUUGCGCGUGUUCGACCUCCUGCACAGCAGCCCUGGGCUGGACGCAGCUCAGGUGGCUCAGGAGAUCAGAGCCUCUGUGAAAGGGACCGAGCGUCUGCUGGAAGCCUGCGAGUCUCUGGGACUGUUGAAGAGCAAAGACAGAACGUGCCGAAAGCCAGCGUAUGAGAACACAGAUUUAGCAACUUGUUUUUUGAGGUCGGAUGCUGCUUUUUCGCUGCACGGCUACAUCCUGCGCUGUAAUGACACAGUGUGGCCUCUUUUCUCACACCUUGAGAGUGCCGUGCAGGAGGGAAGCAGCCUGCGUGAGAAAGCCUUCAGCGAGACAGCUGAAGAUACGUUUCAGGAAGCUGGUAACGACAGUCGAGAGGUCAAACUGAGAUUCAUGAAGGCCAUGCACGGCGUUGCUAAGGUAACAGGAACAACGGUGGCAACGGCAUUCGACCUCUCCGGUUAUAAAACAGCCUGUGAUCUGGGAGGAUGCACUGGUGCCUUGGCCUACGAGCUGACUAAAGCCCACCCUGGACUGUCUGUGGUGGUGUUCGACUUGCCGGCUGUUGUUGCAUUGAGCGAACACUUCCAGCUGCUGCACACAAAGAACAGGGUAUCGUUUGUUGCAGGAGACUUCUUUAAAGAUGAAUUGCCCAAAGCGGACUUGUACAUCCUGGCGAGAGUUCUUCACGACUUACCUGAUGAGAAAGUACACGUUCUGCUCAGUAAAAUUGCAGAUACAUGCACACCAGGCUGCGGACUCCUGCUCAGUGAGAUCUUCCUGGAUGAGGACAGAAGGGGCCCGAGUCGUGGGCUCCUGCAGGCCCUCAGCAUGGGCGAGGGGAAGCAGAGGAGCGCCGCCGAAUACAGCCAGCUUCUCAAGAGCCACGGCUUCGUCACGACGCACGUCAGACACACAGACAGCCUCCUGGAUGCCAUGCUCUGCAUCAAAGCGUGACCGAGGGCGGCCUUGACGACACUACGUAGAAACAUGUUGUAGGUUUAAAAAAAAUAAAAAAAUAAAAAAAUCUGGGACUAAAAUCAGAAAUGUUUUCAUGUGUGACUGUGGAAUCAGACCUGUUGAAUUAAAAAGGUAUUUUAUCUGGA